AUGGACACAGAGGUCUACCAAACAAAGGGCCCAGGAAAAGAUUUCAAUGCCACAGACGUGAUAAACAAGACAUAUGCCAACUCCACCGAGUAUGAUCUGAACGAUGCAUUAAUAUUUCUGACAAAGGUGAUAAAUAAAACAAAGGUCAAAAACAAGCAGCUCGUAAAGCAGCACUUCGGGAAAUUUGUGCAGUGCAGAGCGGUUCUGGAGGAGAUUUGGAUAGACAUCAAACAAAAGGGAUAUGACAAAGAGUUUACCUCUGAUCUCGAAAGCAAUAUUAAGGUGAUUGAGGAGAAGUUCAGAGCCAUUACCUCUGGAAUAUCUGAUGAUAAUAGGGGCGAGGUUAGCGAGGGCAGGAGAGAGUACUACAUCAAGAAAUAUGGCCUUCUGUUCAAUGUGAAAUCCAGCCUAAGAAUAAACAUCCACAAUCUUGAGCGGUUUGUCGAUAUAUACAGGGGUGCAAUGAAGAUGUAUGAAGAGUUAAAGAACUCUGCAUAUGUGCAAAAGAUCUGGAAUUCCAUCCACGAUGAAAGGUGCGAGUUCCUGGAAAUCCUAUAUAAAAACAUCCAAAGGCCUAGAUGCUCUUUCCAUGAGGCACUCUAUUACUUUGAUCUAUACUUUCAGGUUUGCGAGCAUAAGUCUGAGCAUAAGAUUAUGAAUACUCUGCUAGUCAAUUUUAAAGAAAAUAGCGUAAAAAGCUUGGAGUUGUCUUACCUAAAUGAGCAGGAAUGCCUGAAAGAAAUAACUAGGCAUUACCUGAAGAUCAUGGGGAGAGUCAAUGGGAAAAUCCAAAUCCAGGGAACCAAUCAUUACUUUCAAUGCAUUGAGAAGAUUCUGUAUGGAAAGGGACUACUCUUUGCUAAGAUCUGGAUAAGGAAACUAAAGCAAAAUAUCAAGAUCGUUCAAUUUUGCACUGACGCAAAAAUGGCCUAUCUCUCCUAUCUCAAAAAUGUAAAAACUAGGGUGAUUGAUAACGAGUUCGGGAAGAUACCUGCAGUGACAAUAGAUACAUUUGAAAAUGCGAUGAGGCAUUUGGAGAAUAUCUUCUGCUCUUUUACCGAUAUUACCUCUAAAGAAGAAAAGAGCUAUCUUAAGAACAAGGCUUUAGAAUAUGUAGGCAGGUGCUAUGAAUCAGUGGAACUAAGGAAAUUCUCUGACCUCGAGACCGUGAUAAAAAGUAUCUAUGGAAUAAGGCAUCUGUUGGGGUCGCCUGAGUCUGAAGAUGUUAAAGACCUAUACAAAAUGAUAAACAACUACAUGGAAAACCAUGCCACAAAAGUAGUUGGAGUUGUAAAAGAAAUGAUCGAAAGAAGAGCACCCGAUGAGCAAGUUCUCAUGGAAAUUGUAAGAAUCAUAGAGGAGAUGCCAAUGGAGUAUUUGCGCAUAAUAAAACGCAUGAGGCCAUUGCUAGAAGGCCGCCCUGUAGUUAUCCAUUACUUAUCUAACAUCCUCGGAACUGAACCGCCAAGAGUAUCCAAUGACCUUAGAAAGAAAAUAGACGGGAUUCGUGAUCAAUUCGAGUUUUUAUUAGACACUUAG